AUGGCCUCAGGGGACGCCGAGCUCCCCCAGCAGGAUGCCAGUCCGAUCACCACCGAGCGGCCACCUCUGCCGCCCUUUCGCUGUGUUUCCACCCCUUCAUACGAAAGCCCCCAGAGACAUCAUCGCCGGAACCCGAUAGUCAGGCGCCCAGUCAAGGAAACGCUUAAUGCUCGAUCCGAGUAUUAUACCAGCCAGGAUGAUGGCACUGCUGAGCACCGGAUCAAUCAAUACGUGAUCAAGCAGGAGAUCGGCAGAGGCUCAUUCGGAGCGGUGCAUCUUGCCACUGACCAGUUUGGAAACGAAUAUGCUGUAAAGGAAUUCUCCAAGGCUCGUCUACGGAAACGGGCGCAGUCGCAUCUUCUGCGCAGGCCCCGAGGCCCUAAGCGUCCUUCAGAUGGAUUCAACUCCCCGCUGCAUCGCCGCGCGCCGGGUGGGGAUGAGCACAAGGAAAACGCCCUUUACUUGAUCAAGGAAGAAAUUGCCAUCAUGAAGAAGCUGAAUCACAAUAACCUUGUGUCUUUAAUAGAAGUCCUCGAUGAUCCUACAGAGGACUCGCUAUACAUGGUCAUGGAGAUGUGCAAGAAAGGAGUGAUCAUGAAGGUCGGGCUCGAGGAACGAGCCGAUCCUUAUGAUGAUGACCAAUGCCGCUGUUGGUUCCGCGAUCUGAUUUUAGGAAUCGAAUAUCUACAUGCGCAGGGUAUCGUACAUCGAGAUAUCAAACCGGACAACUGUCUAUUGACGAGUGACGAUGUCUUGAAGGUCGUUGACUUUGGGGUGUCGGAGAUGUUCGAGAAGGAUUCAAACAUGUUCACUGCAAAGUCAGCAGGUUCUCCUGCCUUUCUUCCGCCGGAACUGUGCGUCGUUAGACACGGUGAUGUCUCGGGCAAAGCCACGGACAUAUGGUCUAUGGGGGUCACACUCUACUGCCUUCGGUAUGGUAGACUCCCGUUUGAGAAGCAAAGCAUCUUUGAGCUUUACGAAGCCAUCAAGAACGACCCUGUUGUAUGCGAGGGAGAGACCGACGAAAAUUUCAAGGAUCUGAUGUUCCGAAUCCUUGAAAAAGACCCGGCCAAGCGCAUACCAAUGGAGGAGUUGCGGGAACACCCUUGGGUGACCAAGAAUGGGCUUGAUCCUCUUUUAUCUGAGAGCGAGAACACCGCUGAGAUCGUCGGUCUGCCGACAGAAGAAGAGAUGAACUCUGCCAUUACGAGGAAUAUUGGUCAUGUCAUGGCCGUGAUCAAAGCGGUAACGCACUUCAAAAGGCUGAUCGACCCGGCAAAGGCAGACCCGCCCAUGCAGAGUAUACUUGGUCAAGAAUACGAAACGCACUUUGUUGAGCCUCCUAUGGAGAUGGAGCCAGAGGAGAGCUUCACGGCCACCGGCAAUAUGCCCAUCCUCAACAAGAGCCAAAGUCUAAACAUGUAUAAUAGACGACCUUGGGAACGUGACAACGUGCUGCAAGGCUUCCAUCAGCGUCGCGAGGAUCUAAUUCCCAACCAGCCUACCGACGGCAGCGAGUCUCUCAGCCAUCACGGUAAGACCGGUCCUGCAUCAGGCAGCAAUAGCAGGAAUGCAUCCCGAAUGGAGCCUGAACGGAAAGAUUCCGGGUCUAUUCGCAGUCACAAUAUAGCCGGCGGGUCGAUUGACGAUUUCCAACCCAACUCCACCCCUCAGUCCCCAUCUCCUUUCGUCCCGCUAUCCCGAGCAAGCUCGGUCACCACAAAACGCAGCGUUGAAGGAACCCGUGGCCACGCACGCGAUCCCCUGGAGGAGGAAUUUCCGUUCCUAUACAUCGGACCUCAACAUACACCGGCUCGUCCAACCAAUCCAACAUUGAUCCCGACACCGAUCCCAUAUUCGAAGAACCCGACACCAUGA